AUGGGGGUUGAUGGAUUUUUCAACCCUCAUGGAGAUAGCACCACCGACUCCUUCUCUCCUUCUCAACCAACCAUAGCCGAGUUGAGUGCCCAAAUGGCUCAACUCCUACAGACGCAGACUUUGGCCCCGAAUUUGAUCCUGAAUCAGGAUCCUAUUUUGAUGACCCCAAACCCGAUCUGGAAUCAGGAUCCUAUUUUGACGACCCCGACCCCGACCUCGACUAUGACGACGACGACCCCGACCCCUGACUCCGAUGAUGACCACGACCCCGAAUUUGACAAUGAUUCAGACCUCGAUCCCGAUUUCGACUCCAACUCUAGCCCCGACUCAGGCUCAGAUCCCGAUCCGAAUUCCUACUCAACCUAUUGCGCAUAUUAUGGUGAUCCGAGACACACUCGUGAGACUUGUUUUAAAUUGCAUGGCUACCCCGAUUGGUGGGCUACUCUUAAAGAUCGAGGACAAUGCAAUAUGACCAGUAAUGGUACUAGUUAUGGAUUCCAUACUUCUGAUAAGAUUGAUUCCAGGAGUUGGAUAAUUGAUUCUGGUGCAACUGAUCAUAUGACUUUUGAUCCUGAUGAUUUUCUGAAUACUACACAACCUCGACGAACCUGUAUUGCAAAUGCCAAUGGCGUUACUUAUCUUGCGACAGGAGCUGGCACUGUUGCACUCUCAUCCUCUCUCACACUGUCUAAUACUUUACUUGUUCCAUCUUUGUCCACUAAAUUGUUGUCCGAUAUUCACACUAAGGAGAUUCUUGGUCGUGGUACUAAGAGAGGGGGGGUAUAUUAUGUCGAUGACUUCAGUCCUGGCAUGGCUAACAGUGUGACACAUCCCUUUGAUAGCAAACAAAAGCAAAUCUGGUUAUGGCACCGUCGAUUGGGACAUCCAUCUUUUAGUUAUAUGAAGCAUCUUAUACCAGAUUUAUUCUCAGGUUUCAAGGACUCAGACUUCACAUGUGAUACUUGUAUUUUGGCCAAGAGUCACCGUGUGCCAUACCCGUUGAGUACGAACAAGUGUACUACUCCAUUUACGUUAAUUCACUCUGAUGUCUAG